AUGAACGGCAUCAAGAAAGACAGACCCGCUUCCACCUCGUGGUCGGGUGGGCCGAAUAUACUGCCUAAGCCAUCUUCUGGAGCAACUGGCACAGUCGGAGCAGCCGCUGAAAAAGCACGUGCUCCGAUUCAAGGCGCUCAAGAACUCGCCACUUUGGCUCGUCAGGCCACAGGAUCGGGUCAAACCGGAUAUCCCAUCCCUCAAUCUCAGCCAGACACGCAAAUCGCAGACUACGUGCUCGUAUUCCAGCACAUUUCUCGCAAACAUCUCCGCUCCUCCACCAAGGUUGCCGCCUCCGAACGGACCCGAAUCGGAACCGAAUACGACCAACUCGUCUCCCGUAUCCGAUCCACCGGUCUCCGAGUGACCAGUCGAGAAGGAGCAAAAGGUUCAGGUCAGAUCUUGAUCUUUGUCAAAGCAGACCUCCAGCUCUUGCAUAGGCUGGCAAGGCAGGAGGCAUUGUCGGAUUACUUGCAUGGCGUGCUCUCCGUUCAACCUCCUCCUCCUCGUUCUUCUAGUCUCGAUCCAGGCCACAAGAAGGAUGUUUCCGGUUUGCAUUUGACUCCAGCGUCAAGGUUGAGGUUGGUCGACUCUUUGUUGACUCUGCCUAGCAUUGCUUCUCAUGCGGUGCAGAGUGCGUCUGGUAAAGCACAAGUCCCAUCGGGUGCAGGCUUGCGCUUGGGCAGUUCUGAAUUCCCUCAUCUGCUGGAUAUGUCUGCUAUUCACGAUCCGGCUUACAACUCUGCAUGGAUGCAAAGAUGGGCUCAUAUUUCACCUGCAAAGAUUCUAACCGGUGUUGGACUGGAAGACCUAGACUCGAUCCGAGAACACUUUGGCGAAGACGUAGCUCUAUAUUUUGCAUUCCUCAACUCUUACUUCCAAGCUCUAGCCCCCGCUUCCUUGUUGGCUGCCUCCUUCUGGUUGCUCGGACGAAACUUCUCCCCCGUCUACAGCUUUGGCUUGGUCAUUUGGAGUUGUCUUUUUGUCGAACUAUGGAGGAUGAAGGAGCGUAAACUUGCCGUCAGAUGGGGAACCCUCGGCGUCAACACCGUUGAUCGUCGUCGACAUGACUUUGUCCCUCGCAUCACCCGCACAGACCCCGCCACCGAGGAGCCCGAGGAAGUCUUUGAAUGGUGGAGACGCGAACUCCGGGUCAUCCUCUCCCUUCCCGUAGUUGCACUCUUCGCCUCUCUUCUCGCCGCGACAAUGACUUUGAUGUUUGUAGUCGAGAUCUUUGUGACACAGCUCUACCACGGAUCGCUUAAGUUCGCUGUUCCUUUUAUUCCAACAGCCUUGUUGGUGGUGGCGGUACCGCAGAUUAUGGCCGCUUGGCAAGCAACGGCGGUGGCGAUUACCAAAUGGGAGAACCACUACAGCGCCAAAUCCUACGACUACUCUCUUACUCUCAAACGCUUUGCUAUGCAGGCCAUUACCGCUUACGGUGCCUUAACCCUUUCAGCAUACGUAUACAUUCCCUUUGGAGAGGCCAUCAUGCAGACUAUGGUCCAACGCGGCUUUUUCAAACAUUCCAUCCAAGAAGCGAUCAGGCAGGGUAAGAUGGCCGACAAAGGUAUCGAUUUCCACAUCAACCCCAACCGUAUGCACACGCAAUUAUUUGCGGUUAGUGUUACCAGUCAGUUCCUCAACGCCUUUACUGAACUUGCUCUCCCAAUGCUCAUGCGCAAGGUUGCCGAAUGGAGAGAGGAACGAGCUGCAAAGAACGAGAGUGGGCCUUCGAUUCCUCAACGACAAGACUCAGCGUCUUCUUCCGGAAGUGCUACACCAGUGGAAGGGGUAGAAGAAUCAGAGAAGCAAUUCCUCUCCCGCGUUAGGAAGGAACUCGCAUUACCACCCUACGACCUCUUCGGGGACUACGCAGAGAUGGCAACACAAUUCGGCUACAUCACUCUCUGGUCCACCGUAUGGCCUCUUUCCCCCGUCAUGGGUUUCGUGAACAACUUCUUCGAACUUCGUUCCGACGCCGCCAAGAUCUCCCUCAACACCCGCCGCCCUGUCCCUGUACGAGCGGAAACCAUCGGACCCUGGCUCGAAACGUUGGGCUUCAUUGCUUGGCUUAGCGCCCUCAACAACGCAGCACUCGUCUACCUCUUCCAGCAAAGCGAACAUGCGCAUUUGGACGGUCAUUCCAAAUACGAAACUUCCAUGCGAACUCAUCUUCAUCCCACAAACCUCACUGUGGCACCGCCGGCAGCGGGAUCUCAAUCGAUGUUCAGCUUUUCGAGGUUGUUGCCAAGGAAUAUUCCAACUUCCGGUCCGGCGGGGGCGAUUGUUGCAGCUGUGUUGGUGGCCUUGUUGGCCGAGCAUGUUUAUGGAUUGGUUAGGACAUUGGUUCGACAUAUUUUGGAAAGGUUGGUAUGGAGGGGAAGUAACGAGGAAAUGUUGGUGAGGAGGAGAGAGUGGGUCUUGAGGGUUGAGACGUUGAAGAGUCAUGCUGACGCCGAAGGGGUGGAGGAGAAGGUUAGGGAGCAGUUGAGCGUGGCGCAGGGAGAAGAGGAAGCAUUUUGGAGUACAGAGAGAGAUGUUGGUGCUAGUGCGAUUAGAGAUAGUGGUAAGACUGAGUAA